AUGGAGGAAAGAGUCAAGUGGAUGGAAAGGGGAUUGGGUUGUAGAGUUGUUCUAGAUCUAAGUAGAAGAUAUUUAAACAUGGGACGUACAAUGGUCACGGAUAAUUUUUACACUUCAAUUACACUUGCAAACGAACUUUUAACUAAUGAUACACACCUAGUUGGAACUCUGCGAUCAAAUAGAGUAAAAUUACCUGAAAUAACAAAAAAAAAGUUAAGUCCCGGGGAAAUAAUCGGUAAGGAAAAUUCAGACGGUAUUAUUGUUGCGAAAUGGCGUGAUAAAAGGGAUGUAACUAUGUUGUCGACAAAACAUAAUAUUGAUAUGAUUGACACAGGAAAAAAGAACAAAAAAAAAGAAUCGAUAGUUAAGCCUAAGAUAAUUGUCGACUACAACUCCGGAAAAGCGGGAAUUGAUCUAUCGGAUCUACUGUCUAGCUAUAGUACAGCUGUUCGGAAGUCUAUACGUUGGUACCAUAAGGUGGCGACAGAAAUACUGUUUGGAACUGCUAUGCUAAAUGCUUUAAUAGUUUACAAUACAAUUAAUUCAGAUAAAAAAAUGAAGAUAACACAAUUUCGAGAAACAUUAGUUGAUACAAUACUCGGAUUAGACAAUCAAGGACCACAAGAAGUUCAACAAGCAAGAGUUAACAGCAAACACAUAUUCCAAGAAACAACAGAAAAAUGUGGUAGAAACAGAAAAAUCAGAAAGAGAUGUUUCCACUGCUAUCAAAGUAGAACAGUAAUAGUUGGAUCGAAACAGGCAUCGAAGGAAGUAAAAAAGAUCACUACCGUAAAACGGGGUAACUUUGUCCCAUUUUUCAGCAUUUUUCAACUUUAG